CGUCAGUUGGCCAUUAUGCUGCUCUCGGCACUGAUGCGAUUUUGCUCCUUCGGUUGUAGCAAGGCGCCCCUAACGGAAGACUUCUUCCAAAAGGCCCGGUCGGACUUUUACGAGUGCCCGAAGAAUGUGCUCGCGCAGAACGUGUGCACCCGGAUAGACCCGUUCGAGGCGUGCAUGUCGCGUAGGACGCUGGAAAACACCCAGCAUGUGUUCACGUACAAGAUCGAGAACGAGGGCAAACCGCUCACGAACCAGAAGAGUUCCGGCCGCUGUUGGCUGUUUGCCGCGUUGAACUGCAUCCGCAUUCCGUUCAUCAAGCAGUUCAACCUGGACGAGUUUGAGUUCUCGCAGGCGUACCUGUUCUACUGGGAUAAGAUCGAGCGGGCCAACUACUUCCUGAACAACGUGGUGGACACGGCCCGCCGGGGAGCGGAAGUCGAUGGGCGGCUGGUGUCGUUCCUGCUGUCCGAUCCGACCUGCGACGGCGGUCAGUGGGACAUGCUGGUCAACCUGAUCAACAAGCACGGCGUCAUGCCGAAGAAGUGCUUCCCGGAGAGCUACAGCUGCGAGGCGAGCACGCGCAUGAACGCCGUUAUCAAGAGCAAGUUGCGCGAGUACGCCCGGGAUCUGCGUACGCUGAUUGCCGAGGGCGCGAGUGACGAAGACGUGCAGGCCCGCAUCCAGAAGCAGAUGAACGAGGUGUACAACGUGGUCGGCAUCUGUCUGGGCAUUCCGCCGGAGAAGUUCACCUGGGAGUACUACGACAAGAGCAAGAAGUACCUGAGCAUUGGGCCGAUCAAGCCGGUUGACUUUUACGAAAAGUACGUCAAACCGUACUUUAACGUCGACGAUAAGGUGUGCCUGGUGACGGAUCCGCGCUCGUCGAACGCGUACGGCCGCUCGUACACCGUCGACUGUCUGGGGAACGUCGUCGGGGGCCGGCCCGUGCUGUACAACAACCAGCCGGUCGAGACGCUGCUCGAUCUGGUGACGAAAUCGCUCAAGCUGGGCGAACCGGUGUGGUUCGGGUGUGAGGUCAGCAAGCGGUUUGCCGGCAAGCAGGGUAUUGAAGAUCUGGACAUUCACGACUUUAAGCUAGUAUUCGGUGUGGACAUUCAAAGUACGAUGACGAAGGCUGACCGCCUGCUGUACGGAGAAUCGAUGAUGACCCACGCCAUGGUGUUUACCGGAGUGUCCGUUGAUCAAAACACCCAGCGGCCGACCAAGUUCCGGGUGGAGAACUCGUGGGGCGAGGACCGCGGCGAAAAAGGCUACCUCAUCAUGACGGCCGAGUGGUUCAAGGAGUUUGUGUUCGAGGUCGUCGUCGAUCGCAGCAUAGUGCCGCAGGACGUGCUGGACGUGUUCGAUCUGCCGCCAACCGUGCUGCCCGCGUGGGAUCCGAUGGGCACGCUGGCCAAGUAAACCAACUAUCUCGACGUGUUUAUUUUUUGGUUUUGAUUCUCUUCUUCUUACACACGCGCACGCAUGAAAAAAAAAACAAAUAUUGUGGAAGCCAUUCUUGCUUCUUUCGCGGCAAGAAUUAAUAUUAUAUAUAUAGUUAAUAUGUAAACUGUAUUUAAAUAACAAUAAUAAUUAAAAUGAUUGUCCCAAGGUAUAACAAAAAAGGACACGGAGACACAGAGACAUGAGUAAGCAAAUACACAUUUUUUAAAAGAAAAUAAAGAAUGCAACGAUAUGAAAUUGUGAAAAAA